AUGGCCCCAAGUCUUAUUUCCAGCGUCUCCGCUACCGUCCCCACAACCGCUAUGGUUGCCACGUCCACUGAGGCCGCGCCAUCCGUGAACAGCACUGCUGCACACGCUCCCUUCGGGGACAACCGCAUGAAGGCGGAGGUGGAGCCUUACGACAACUGGAUCAUGGACCACAUCGUAGCUAACAAGGGCACGCUCAACUACUGCGUUCGCUGGGACAGCAAGAAGACCAAUCUCAGCAAGGCUCAAGCCGCCAAGUUCGAAGCAAUGCUCACCCGCCAGUAUGCUCUAAAGGCCACUGACCUCGAGUGGUUGGACGAUUCGCUCGGCAAGAUCUACAUCGGUAAAGCCGGUGGCGCGGUCGAGUGGGUUAAGCUUCUGGCCCUUACGCUAUGGACCGAGGAAAAGAUCUACAUCGGCGAUCUCGACAAGGACGGAACCCCGCAGUGCCCCGAAAGCUGCUACCGAUCGGUCGAUAAUUCUGCGGCGAGUUAUUGGGACUCCAGUAACUGCGAUGGCAAGCCGUUUGAUGUCUAUCUCCAGCCGACGCAUGGAUUGGGCGGUGGUUGGGGAGCCGGCAAUUUCCAGCAGGUGGACCUCGAAGACAUGAUGCCGACCAUUGACGACGACCAGCUUACGAUCGUCGCCCACGAGAUUGGACACAACUACGGUCUGCCAGACUUUUACCAGCAGCCGAAGCCUCCCAACUUCAAGCCGUGCCUCAUGGACGCGCUCACUUCAAACACUAUGCGAGACACGGGCGGCUGGAUGGUGCGCCGUGUGCUCGAGUACAAGAAGUCCAACUACGACAUCUAA